GCCGGCGCCCGGCCACCCCCCAGCACCACCCUCCCGGCCGCGGCCGGGCCGGCCAGGACGACGCGGCGGCCGAGCUGUCCUCCCGGGGCAGAAGAUGAAUAAUCUUUCAUUUAGUGAACUGUGUUGCCUCUUCUGCUGUCCACCUUGCCCAGGGAAAAUCGCUUCCAAGUUAGCGUUUUUACCACCUGAUCCGACUUACACACUGAUGUGCGAUGAAAGUGGGAGCCGCUGGACCUUACACCUCUCUGAGCGAGCAGACUGGCAGUACUCCUCCAGGGAAAAAGAUGCUAUUGAGUGUUUCAUGACUAGAACCAGUAAAGGCAACAGAAUCGCCUGCAUGUUUGUGCGUUGUUCACCCAGUGCCAAAUACACCUUGCUCUUCUCGCAUGGCAAUGCUGUGGACCUGGGCCAGAUGAGCAGCUUUUACAUAGGCCUGGGGUCACGGAUUAAUUGUAACAUCUUCUCCUACGAUUACUCUGGGUACGGCGCGAGCUCGGGAAAGCCGACAGAGAAGAACCUCUACGCGGACAUCGAGGCUGCUUGGCUGGCGCUCAGGACAAGGUACGGCAUUCGCCCUGAGAAUGUGAUCAUCUACGGCCAGAGCAUAGGGACCGUGCCGUCCGUGGACCUGGCCGCUCGCUAUGAGAGUGCGGCUGUCAUCCUUCACUCGCCCUUGACCUCAGGGAUGCGCGUCGCUUUUCCUGACACCAAGAAGACGUACUGUUUCGAUGCAUUCCCAAACAUUGACAAGAUCUCUCAGAUCACCUCUCCAGUGCUCAUAAUCCACGGGACGGAGGACGAGGUCAUCGACUUCUCCCACGGCCUGGCCCUGUUUGAGCGCUGCCAGAGGCCCGUGGAGCCGCUCUGGGUCGAAGGCGCAGGCCACAACGAUGUGGAACUCUACGGACAGUACCUUGAAAGGUUGAAACAGUUUGUGUCACAGGAACUGGUCAAUUUGUAAGAUGCUCUGUACAUUUGCAUACUGAUGUUUCUUUUCUUGCUGAACUGCACUGUUUGGUAAAUAACAUAAAACCUGAAGGUUUUGUUUGCAAAUCAUAUCAGCUGCCUUUAUAAAUGUACAGGUAAUGAUUUGUUAACAGACUUAAUGAAGGUUUUAAUUACCAAAACUAGAAACUGGAAUAACAAUAUCAUGCAGUCGGGCUAUAAUUUAUAUUUUUUCUGUGAAUUUUUUUUAAACAUCAAGAUAAGUACUGUAUGAAAUUUUAAUUAAUUCUAUAAAAUCAAAUGCUGUAAAAGUAUUGCCAAAUGCUUUUGCAUAUCAAAAAAUUUAUAAGUAUUUUUAAGACAUCUCAAUGUGCUAAAUCUUAUCCUGGUAUAUAUAUGUGUAAUAUUCUUUCCAGAAAAAAAAAUGUAUAUCAAGUAAUUCAAGUACUCAGAAUAGAAUAUAGAAAGAAAUGAAAACAUUCAAGUUAGAGUUGACCUAAACCCUGUUGUACAGGGGUAGUUAUAAAUGGUUAUUUUAUUGUAAAAUACGUUCGAUUUUCUGUAUUCUCUGGUUAUCAUACAUUUAUCCUUUGAGAAAAAAUGAUGUAAGUCUUAAUUUGAUCCCAUCUGUUAAUUUACCAGCUCGUUAGCUUGUAAAUGAGAAGUCAAGAUAGCACCGAACCUUCACUAGUUUUGAUUGCUAAGUUUGGUACUGUGAGGCAACUACCAUUCUCAUUUAGAUCUUGAAUGAUUUUGUAUGCAAUGUUGGUUUCAAUUUUAACUGAUGCUGUAGGGUUUUAGUGCGUCCGUGAUGUGAAAACCGGGAGGCCCAUUUGUCACUCUUCAAGCCAAAGCCUGACUGUUUGAUGCCUUUUCACUCUGGCUGUUUUUAAGAAUAGGACCUGCUGCUUUGAAUGACCAUGGAUUCACUCUUAGAUAAAAAGGAGAUAAGAAAACAUUUAAUUCAUAACUUUUAUAUUAACCAGUAUAGUAAAAAAUAAAGCUCACAUACCAAAACUAAGUUGCCUUCCCUUGAAUGAAUUCUGCCUGACUAAAACAGUGAAAGAAAAAUAAAAAUAAAAAUAACGGUAUGUAGUCUAAUUUGUAAAUGAAUGAACAUUGAACUAUUACACACUGUGGAUAUAUUUUACGGCCUUACGUAAUUAUAAUUGUUCUGCUUGUUCUGUGGUUAUGUCUAAGACUAUAGUAUAUGAUUUCUUCAAAGUAUAUCAAGUAUUGUGAAUGCUUUGGUUCAGAUGUGUCAAAUUAACAGUAAAGCAACAAAUAUAA